UAAAAAAUGAAGCUUUUCUUACUUAUAUUGCUACUGGCAACAAUUACCACUAAAACUUUAAGUUUUCCAAACAGUAAUAAUAACAAUGAAAACAAUAAUGGUGAUAUUGCAUCGCUUUAUAACAAUUGGCUAAGUCAGGAACAGACAACGUCCUUUUGUACUCAAAUAAAAUCUUUUAUAAAUAACAGUUCACAGCGGUUCAUACAAAUAAUGGAAAAUAUAACAAAUAAUAUUAAUAGUAUGUUGGGCAUGAAUAGUGCGGUCUCUGGAAGUAAUCAUAAGAAAUCUAGUGCGGCUACCUCCACUACAUCUACUACAACCAUCACCACAUCAUCUACCACAUUAAAACCAUCUGUGGAAAUUGUAGAUAAUAAUGAAAAUCCUUCGAUUGAUUAAAUUUUGAACUGAAUUCAACUGAAUUAUUAAAUUUAAAUUAUUUUAAAAUAAAAUAUU